AUGGCAAAGUUGUAUAUCUUCUUGUUGGUUGCGUUUGGCUUUCACUACUUUUGUUCUGCAACCAACAGAUCGCAACUUUUCAAGGAUGUCUUAGACAGUCACGAAGCUCGAGUGGCACCAUUUAAUACUGUCAGCGACAAAAUUCUUUUAUCAAUAAAUGUAAUGCUUAUGUCUAUUCGGAAAGUGGAUGAGAAGGAGCAGACAUUUUCAGCCUCUUUUUGGAUUUCAAUGACAUGGCCAGAUCACCGCUUCAUGUGGGAUUCAACGUCUUACAAUGGAAUAACCGAACUACAAACAACUUCAAAAUAUGUCUGGAUACCAAGCUCAAUUUGCAUCUUCAACGAAGUUACGGAUAAAAAAUGUUUAACGGAGGAGAAACCCGUAACAAUACAUAGUUCUGGGUAUGUUGUUUAUACAACAUCCAGAGAAAGCAUUACACAGUGCAAAAUAGCCAUAAGAAAAUACCCUUUCGAUUCACAGGUCUGUUCGCUGUUUUUUGGAAAUUACUUUACUACCUCCGAGUUCAUUGAUCUAGGAACAACAUACUCCGCAUAUAGCUUGACCUACUAUGAACAAAACGAAGAAUGGAAAGUUAAUUAUUUUUGGAUAACUUUAGACAAUAAUCAACUGGAAUUCAGUUUGAGCAUCAAGCGGAAACCGGAAUUUAUUGUUUUGACCGUCCUUCUUCCAGUAAUUAUUCUCUCCGUUUUAAAUAUUUUUGCAUUUGUGUUACCGAUAGAUUCUGGUGAAAAGAUGGGUACAUCGAUGGCGAUUUUCUUGUCCUUUGCUGUAUUUUUAAGCACCAUUAACGAUACAAUGCCAAAGUCGGAUGAGAUUCCACCAUUCACCGUUUAUCUGACCAUACAGCUAGUAGUCAGUGGCCUCACAGUGGUCUUAGAGGCUGUAGUGUUACAAGUUCAUUUCAGUUCCGCUGAAAAUGAAAACAAAUCUGAUAACAAGAUAGUACCCGCGGAUUUGCCGGAUAUUACAGACAUUGAUAAGAAAAAAGUUCCUGAGAAUUUUGACAUUAAGGAAACAUUGUCUCAAAAGGGUAAAAGUAUCAAGAAUGUUUUCAAUUUUUUAAAAACAAAAGUAACAGCCAAAGUUUUGGACCGCAUAUUCAUGAUACUUGUUAUUAUUGUUGACGUUAUUUCACUUAUAGUGUUCUUUGCACAAACAGCAUCAAGUUAA